GAAGGAAGGGGCGGAGUCGGCUGCUCUUUAAAGGGCGCGGCGCACUCGUCGCCCUGCUGCCGGAACUCGUUGUGUGUGGGGGCGGAGGGAUAAGCGCAGGCGCGUACGGGCAGCGAGGCCCGGGAAGUAACGCUCGGCGGCUGCGGUUGGAGGAAAGAGGGGGAACUGCGCAGCUGGUUGCGAGCGAGAGGGGCGGCGGCGGCGACGACUCCGCCGCGGGUGGAGGGAGACGGACGCCGGCCAGCAGCGGAGAGGUCGCAGCGCCGCUUCCUCCGCCGCCUCACGUCACCAUGGCUGACCAGCUGACAGAGGAGCAAAUUGCAGAAUUCAAAGAGGCCUUCUCCCUCUUUGACAAGGAUGGCGAUGGCACCAUCACCACCAAAGAGCUGGGUACCGUGAUGCGCUCUCUGGGGCAAAACCCCACCGAGGCCGAGUUGCAAGACAUGAUCAACGAGGUGGAUGCGGACGGAAAUGGCACCAUCGAUUUCCCAGAAUUCCUCACUAUGAUGGCCCGGAAGAUGAAGGACACUGACAGCGAGGAAGAGAUCCGCGAGGCCUUCCGGGUCUUUGACAAGGAUGGCAACGGGUACAUUAGCGCCGCGGAGCUGCGUCACGUCAUGACCAACUUGGGCGAGAAGCUGACGGAUGAGGAAGUUGACGAGAUGAUCCGAGAAGCUGACAUCGAUGGGGAUGGACAAGUCAAUUACGAAGAGUUUGUACAGAUGAUGACUGCCAAAUAAGAAAAGCAGCCCCACCCUACCCGUCCCCUUUCCCUGUACAGAAUGGAAGGACUGUCUGCGUACCACAGAAAUCUUCUCCAGCUCCUCCUGUCUGGCUGGCACUCUUCCUCCAUUGACGCUUGAGCGGUUUGUGGCCAUUCUCUGCUGUCCUUCUCCCUCCCUCUCGGUUCUACAUGCUAGUGUCUGUGGUGAGCACGGCUGGGGUGGUGCGAAGCCAACUAAAAGGCCCUGGCGAGGAGGGGUGUGGAUGGCCCACAGAUGGGGGGCAGCAGGGAAGAGCGGUAGCAGUGAAGGGGCCCGCCCGCCUUGGCCCCAUCCCUGCCUUGCACCUGCGGGUUCUCCCUCCCAAGACUGCCUCACCCCAGCCAGCACGCAACCUUCGCAUCCAUGGACUGUUUUGUUUGGCCGAGUGCCUCCUCCUGCAGUUGUCUUCCUGGGAAUAUCUGCAUAUCUUGGGUCUAUUGUAACUGUAAACUUCCUAAUAAUGGCCGUGCCCCACCGCGCCCUUCUUCUCUUGACCUUCCGAUGGCUUCAGGGAACGCUUCUGUUCCAUUCCAGUUGGUGUAAGGAUUCUUUUUUCUUUUUCUUUUUCUUUGAAUAAAAUCUGAGUGUUUCAAAA